AUGGCGAUGGGGGGAUUACACUCGGUAUCGGCCCUUGUGGCGGCGUGGGGAAGGCGAGUGUCGAGGAAGCUCCUCGGCGGCGGCGAUCGGCGGAGCAUCGACCAUGCGAAGAUCGCCCCGAGCUGGGCGCCGUAUCUCAGCCGGCGCAUGAGCCUGCUGCCCUUCCGCGGCGUCGGGAAGAAGGCAGCGGAGGAGGAUCGGCGACGGCGGCGGCGGCGGAGGGGAGAUUUCGACGAGGAGACGGAGAGCUCUGGCGAGGAAGAGGAGAGGGGAAAGGAGGACGGGGGAGUGUGGCAGAGGACGAUUCUCAUGGGCGAGCGGUGCCAGCCGCUGGACUUCUCAGGGGUCAUCCACUACGACUCCCAGGGCAAGCAGCUCUCGGAUAUCCCACCGCGCUCUCCCCUCCGCAGCCCCCUGCCCAGCUUCUCCAUUCCGCCGCCACUCUCCCCUCGUAGAGCCUACAAUUAG